AGUUUUUAUUUGAUGUAAGUGCUCAUGGAUGAAAUAUUGAUUAAUAAAAAAAAAAAAUAAAUUUUGCGUUUACAUUCAGAUGUAUGAUAGAAAUCAUGAUAUGAAAAUUGAUCGAAAUGAAUUAUUAGAAGUUCUUAAAAUGAUGGUCGGUGGAAAUAUUCAUGACGAUCAAAUCGCAACAAUUGCUGAUCAUACUAUUGGAGAAUUAGAUAAUGACGGUGAUAAAUCAAUAACAUUUGAAGAAUUUUGUGAGACACUUGCACGUAUUGAUGCCGACGAUAAGAUGAGCAUGAAAUUUUUAAGCUAA